UUUAUAUGAAGCACUGUUUACAUUUUCCUCUCAUUUUACUCCUCUUAGGACAGAUAAACUAUUUUUGAGAAUGAAGACAAACAUUUUCAAUGAAACAUCUGCUUGUUUUUAAGAUUUUUUUGCUUUUUAUUUUCAGAUUAGCUAUCUGUCGAGCUGCCCCUGUCUAAGUGACAGGCGCCAGUUUCCUAACUUCUUCAGGACCAUCCCCAGUGAUAUCUAUCAAGCUCGAGUCAUUGCCCAUCUUGCCAUUCGCUUCAACUGGACCUGGAUCGGAGCAGUGGUAGCAAACAACGAUUAUGGCCACAUGGCAGCAAAGAUAUUUCAGGAGGAGACUCAGGGGAAAGGAGUGUGUCUGGCAUUUGUGGAGACUCUAAGAAGGGAAAACAUUGUGAGUGAUGCCAGACGAGCAGCACUCAGGAUUCAGGCCUCGAAUGCAAGAGUAAUUCUGGUCUUUAGCUGGUAUACAGAUGUGAGGGAACUGUUCCUGCAGCUGGCCAAGAUAAAUGUGAGCAACUAAAUCUAUUAAUAGGCAAUCUGGAUAUUUGAUAUUUUAAAUAUUUUAAAGACAAUGCAGCUUUUUAAAAAAAAAAAAAAACUUUUCUAACUUGAUGAUGAUCAUAUCAUGUUGCUCUCACCAGGUGACAAACAGACAGUUUCUGGCUAGUGAGGCUUGGAGCACCAGUGGUGAUCUUCUCCAAAAUCUUGUCACUUUAAAAGUGGCAAGUGGUGUUCUUGGUGUUGCCAUUCGGAGUUCACCUAUACCUGGAUUUGCAAAUUAUCUCAAAAGUUUGCACCCAGUUCAUCAUCCUGGUGAUGAGUUUUUAAAAGAGUUCUGGGAAAAUGAGUUUGGAUGCACUCCUCGGUUCACACCUGUCUCCUCAUAUUUCUCCUCAUCCAUCAAAUCUGGCCAUCCGUUAAAUAUUCCUAUUACACCUGUUAAUAGAUCUCCUUGGAAAGCCUCUCUACCAGCCUGCAGUGGGACAGAGUCCCUGGAGGGAGUGCAGCAUCCCUUCACUGACACCUCUCAGCUAAGGGUGGCAUAUAAUGUGUACCUGGCUGUUUAUGCUGCAGCCCACGCCCUCCACAGCCUUCUCUCCUGCCCCAACAGAGACAGCCCUCCUGGAAACAACAGCUCCACCUGCUCCUCUCCAAAACACAUCAAACCCAGAGAGGUAAACAUGAUUAUCAUCCUGAGAAAGGAAAUCUAUUCUUCAACAACCAAUGAUUUUAAAGUUCUGUCAAAUUUUCACGAGGCUCAUACUCCCUGUGUCAUAGUGUGUCACUAUUUUGAUGGUUUCAGCUGUUGCAACACUUGAACAAAGUGAAUUUCACCACACCACAAGGGGAAAUGUUUUAUUUCCAAGGUGCAGACAUUCCAGCAAAGUACGACCUCGUCAACUGGCAGAACACCCCUGAGGGGUCACUUAAACUUGUUUUGAUUGGUCGUGUGGACGGGUUUGACCUCCACCUUAAUGAGUCAGCUAUUGAGUGGAGCACAGGAUCCAAUCAGGUAGUCACAUCAACAAGUAGUGUCAACUUGCUGUUGAAAUGAAUACAUCUGUCAACUCACAAAAUUAUCUAAUUGAGAAUGUAAAUUUCAUUUGUGUCUAGGUUCCUGUUUCAGUGUGCAGUGAGAGCUGCCCCCCAGGUACCAGAAAGGCCAACAGGAAAGGAGAACCUCUCUGCUGCUUUGACUGUAUCCCAUGUGCAGAAGGGGAGAUUAGCAAUAAAACUAGUGAGGUUUAAUAAUAAAAAAACAUCAGAUAGUCAAGUGUCCUAGAUUCCAAAAUUCAGUGAUGCUGACUUUAGAAUCGGCCUGCUUUAAGCUGGUUUUCCUCUCAUUUCACUUCACCUC